AUGUUGCGCUUACAAUAUUUAUCACUUCGCCAAGACGGUACUAAAGAAUAUCAGGAUCAUUGGAAAUCUACAGUCAACAGAGAUAAAAGGCGCAGUCGUUCUCAGUUUUGGGUAUUGGAAGAAGCAUGCUUAAAAGAAGAAUAUGAAAUUGACAAGUUUGUUUUGCGACAUCACAAUCGUGUUCUUGACUUAGAUUUGCCCUUACGCUGGGCUGGUUUAACAAAUAAUGCAACAGUGGAAAUGGUUCUUGCAAAUCGGUUUAAAGUCCCAGUUGGAAAAUCAGUCGAAGUUACACUUCAGAUUAAAGAUGGAUCGAGAAAAUGUCAUCGCUUUAUACUUGAAAACACUCUUUCCGAUGUUUUGGAAGUGUUUUCCAAACUCUUUGAACAAAAUCUGUUGUACUCUGCAGAUGGAAAAUACCCAUCAUGUAUUUAUAUGAAUAAACGAUACUGCGGCAUUAAAGAAUUGUCGUCAGUUGCAUUAAAAAAUAUGGGAAUUAAAGGUGGCCGAACCCUUAUCAGAUACUUUCAAAUUCAAAUAUCUGAUGAGGAAUUAUACAGUAUUGAAGCUCGUGUAGAGAAAGAAACAACUCGAAGGAUGAAGGUGGCCUUCAUAUUCACAAAAAAAAGAGAAGGAAAUUUAGGACAAAUAAUGAAAGAACAAAAAAAAAUUGGAUUCUCGAAUUAUAAGGAAAUGCCGACGACUUUGGUCGAGCAAGUGGAACCCGAUGAUAAAUUUGCGACAAAUUUCGCAAGUUCAUUAACAAGGUUAACUGUUGAAAAAUUCUCUAAUCAACACUCAUUCUUUGGUGAACCUUAUCACAAAUUCUUUUUUAUAAAAGUUAAAAAUUCUAAUGGAAAAGAAAUGGAAUCUACCGCACCAUCGUUUUUUUGUGCCGUUAAUCAUGAGUAUAAAGAAGAAGAAGCUCGCGCAUUGACUUUUGACCAGUAUCUCUCGGCACAACAAUCUUUGCUUACAGAUAUUGAUCGAAAAGCUGUUUGCUUUGAAUGCGAGGCUUCUUUUGAUGGACAUUUGGCAUGUGCAGUUGCUGAUUUUGAUUAUUUUUACGAGAACACUUUGGAUGAUUUGCGAAAAAUUCAAAGAGAUUUAAGAAUCCAAGCGUUUGGCUUAAAAAAUUUAUAA